AUGGCUGUGUCUUGUGGGCCUAAGAUGCGGAGUGACUUCACAGUGACCGGGCUGCUUCCUGAGGUGUCCCCAGAAGCAGUUUUUCGGUUCGCCGGGCUCGAUGUGCCGGAGCGUGUCGAGACUCGCAUAUUAGCCCAACUUCUCAUGGGCGAGCUUGGAGAGGCCGGUUGUCUAGCUAUAAUGAAACGCAUGACACACAUGUUAUCUUCGAGGCACAAAUUUCCUGGCAUCGACCCAGGCUUGGAUGGCUUCCCCCCUUCGUUGUUUUGUUACGAGCUUGUCAAUGUUUCCCAGGGUCAGUUCCCACCCGAGGAACAUGAUCCAUUUAGCGCACGGCCUAGACUUUAUAAGCCUACGUCGGGGAAGCCGCAUGCACAAGAGCACACGCGGCCUAUAGGUUAUACGGAGGAUUACGGGACAAUCCAGGGCGGAUAUCCAUUUGGGCCAAAGGGGUCAGAACUUGCUCAGACUCAAGUACCCUUCCAACCCCUGGCGAGAAGGAUACGGACCCAACGAUGGUGCGGAUUUUGGAUGAGCACGAUGGAGGCGAUUUCGGUGACCACGGCCCCCGCGAACGCCAGCGAAAUCGCCCUCGGGAAAGAUGUCGAUCUCGAGGAGCGGCGGCAUCUCCAAGAUCUAGGCUUGCCCCUCCAUCAUCACCUUCUCAGCCAGAUCCUGCUCUAUUCUCAUCGUGGUCCCUUACGAGGACCACACAUGUCCGCUAAAUUCGAGGACGUGCGUCGCCGGAACAGCGUCUGGGGGCUGCGCCGGUACGCCGGAACGGCCGGAACGCGCCGGGAGUCGCGCGCUCCGGAACACAGCCUCCUGCCGGCACACGCGCGCGGCGCGCGCCGGAACAUGUCGGACUUCGUGCUCUCGGACUUCGAGGACGAGGACGCCGCGGGCUACUGCUUCGACGGCGACGACGAGGUCGAGGAGCGCGUCGCCGCGCGCGAAUCGAUGGACGAGGACAGCAACGACGAGGACGUGGACGCCGAGGGGCCCCGCGCGCGCGCGCGCCGCCGGCCGGACGCGGACGCGGACGCAGACGCGGACGAGGAGGAGGAGGAAGAGGAGGAGGAGGUCGUGGUCGAGGACAUGGACGAGGACAGCGACGACGAGGACGUGGAUAGACCGCGUCGGACCCGGCGAAGAAGUCCAAGAAGGCGGCCACGCCGACGACCCAGCCGGCCGACGAGCAGCGCUGAACCGAGGUCGCCAGGUCUUGCCGAACGGCAGAACUCGCGCCUGACCACCGUUGGGCGCCUCUCGAACCGCAGGCGGCCCGCGCGUCGCUCGCCGGAAAUUAGGUUUAGCCGGAACACCGGAACACGCCGGAACGCGCCGGAACACGACCGGAGGACGCUAACCGGAACACGCGACCGAGGGGCCCGGGAGAGCCGGAAGCCGGAACAUCCGCGAGACCUCUACCGGAACAUCAGGGCCGGAACAUCAGCGCAAUUGGUCCCCGACGGCGAGUGUGCGUGCUUCUCUAGUAUCAAACUCGGACCACGCGAUGCUCGUCUCGACAAGGAAGGGCUUGACUACUCGAGGUUUCUGGAGAUCGCGCCCAUGUUAACGAAUCAAGCUGGUGUGAUAGGACAGGACGCCGAGUCCUUAUCGCACACUCUUGAGGUGAAGAUGCGAGAACUAUGCGAUGGGUACGCACACCUGAAUCGUCUUGCAAUGGUUGCUCCGUUGGGCAUCGCUAGUGCGGCGUCGUCCCACGCGUGUCGAAUCGCCGGCGGAAGGCGAUCUAUCUUAGAUGCUAUCUCAGGCUGGGAUGCGGAACGUCAUCGUGCUAUCAUUGAUGAAUUACGAGAUGCCAAGCAAGAUAUUGACAUGCGGAACGAAAAAAAUUAUGAGGCUAGGGCACGCCCAACAGGGCGGCGACGUCGGACCGUCACACAGGCAAGCAUGUGCGAAGCCAAAGCAAGGGGCGCAGGGCGGAUGAGCACAGAACAGCUGCUUCAUAGCGUGUCGCUCCGCACGUAUCGAGGUGGUUGCCAUGGAGAAUUCUCGCUCGCUGGUCGGACCAGACCCGCCACGCCAAUAGGAGCCGCCACAAAGACGAGGUCUGCUGCAUUAUCUCUGAAACGUCAGAUAGUGUCUGCUUCUAAGGUUGCUGCGGUAAAGAGGCGGAACAAUAAUUCUGUCGCAGCUGUGGCAACGCCGGCCGAAUCCGCAGCAAGGAUCGACAUCGUUGUAAAGGCGACACGGCGUGCCGCCUGCGAUGCAGAGCACGUCGCCGGCGAUGUGCCCCGCCAUGCGUGCGAGCACAAGCGUGCACUUCAGCAUAAUAGCCCAUCGCCAUCGGACGCGCUGUGCCCUUGGGACGUCGAAUCAAACGUGAACGACACCAGCAGCCUUGCGAUAAGGAACCUGAAUUUCACCGAUGAGGCGGCCUCACAAGUUCGCGGUCGCAUUUGCCACGUCGGCGAUGAGCUCUCUCUGGCAGCGCCCACAAUGCAAGGGCACUCUUCUUUUGGUGCACUGCCCUUGGACCAUGCGCAACCCUUAUCAAGAAACGUACGACUACAUUCCAACUACUGCGGCCAUCCCACACAAGACCCAAACAGAAGCAUCCUCCAGCACUCUCAUGACCUCGCUAUUGCAGGCCUCGCUGCGGAGCCCGUGUUUAUCCCCGAAGCCUGAGGUGCCAGCUCCGUGUGGCCUGGCUCCUCCCGUGCUGGUACGUGCCAAAGGUGCAAGAGUACAUGGGAAGAGCCGCCCCGGGGCCACCCGCGUCGCGCGGGACAUCGUCGUAUACUCAGCGCGCCGAAAAUGGAAUUUUGAGCGGUUCAAAGGCCACGCGCCCCGAGAGGACGUCCCAGUGCAGCUUGCGUCAAGGUCUCGUGCAAAACCAUGCUCGUGGCUGCAAAACCAUGCUCGUGGCUGCCCAAAGUUCACCAAAAACAAAUCCGCACGCGGAUUCCCGACGGCUAGGGUAAAGAUUAAAACGGG